GACCGAACAAACCGACUAUAAACAAUUGUGUGUUACACUACAGAGCUCCAUGAGCACCUUGUCGUUUUGAAGAAAAUUCAUUUUAUUCUUGAUUAAUUUCGGAAUUUUGGUAAAUAAUCUAGUGAAACAUGAUUACAUUUACACCACGUACACUCGUCAAUGGUUCAAUGUUGCGUAAUUUUAUCGAUCAACAUGUGAGCAUUCAUGUAAACGUGCAGACAGAGGUAGAUCGUGGAGCAUCGGUAAUCAAAGCCACAACCAGUGAUGAUUUGGAUGUCGAGAUUCAGCUGUCGGAACCGCUCAAUUCACCGGUUAAAGGAUGGAUCGAGGUCAUCGGUGUACCGACCAGCGCAAACACCAUUCAAAACAAAGAGAUCAUCAUUUUCCCCGAUGAACCCGACAAUGAACCAUACAACAAAAGUGCACACGUUCAGAUGGUCACAUUCUGGAAUAACUGCAAGGACAUUUUGAACUUGGAAUAAAUCAUCAUGAAAUCAUUAUCCACGCACCAGCAUACUGUUGAAUCAUUUAAAGCUGAUUAAAAACUAUACCAACAUCAAUAAACUUAUUCCAUUAGAUUUACAUAAAAGCAAA